AUGGACAAGAAUAGCGGCCCCGACAGGGGGCAGAAUAAUUCGUCGCAAGAUUCAGACCCAGACAAGCCUAGGGAUGAAAGCACCACUCAAAAUAAAGAUAAUGAUGAACAGACGAUGAAAAAUGCUGCAACGAUGUCAGCAUCACAGGCAAGCAAUCCGCACAGCAAACAAGACGCCGACCAUGAUGCUUCUUCCAUUUCCAGGCCUAUUGUUACCACUCCCAGGCCUGCCUCCGUAACCACUCACAACAGCUCCGUCGGGUCGGCCAAGACGUCGAUAUUUCAGCGAAUAUGGCUUGCACUGUCUUGGGGCCCAGAGGCAACGCGUCACAACCCCGAGAAGCCACUCAAGUUUUCGCUUGGCCUCAAUGUCCUGUUCGCAAUUGCGACGACUGUGACUGUUGCCAACAUUUACUACAAUCAACCUAUAUUGAACAAGAUGGCCGAGACGUUUAACGUCAGCUUCGAGAGGGCAGCGUCGGUGGCAACGCUGAUGCAAGCUGGCUAUGCAGGCGGGCUCCUUCUGCUAUGUCCUUUGGGUGACGUCCUCGAGAGGAGGCCGUUCAUCCUUGGCCUGGUCAUUCUCACGAUACUGUUUUGGCUGGGACUGUGCAUCACGCAAUCAUUCGAGGUCUUCCAGGCCAUGUCGUUCCUCUGCGGAUUCACAACAGUCACGCCGCAACUCAUGUUACCUCUCGUCGGUGACUUGGCGCCCCCGAACCGAAGGGCGAGUGCUCUAUCCAUUGCCGUUGCCGGGCUGUCGUUGGGUAUGAUGGUGGCCCGUGUUCUUUCUGGAAUCGUGUCCAACUUUACGGAAUGGCGCAACAUUUACUGGGUUGCACUCGGCCUUCAGUUGGCACUGCUGGCUGCCUUGUGGCUCCACCUGCCAGACUAUCCAUCCAAAAAUCCAGGUGGCCUCAACUACUUUGGCAUGCUGCUCAACAUCUUCACCCUCAUGGCCAGGGAGGCUGUGCUUUUGCAGGCGUGCCUGAUAUCGUUUUGCAUCAGCGCCGUAUUCACAUCCUACUGGACGACGCUGUCCUUCCUUCUCUCGUCAGCCCCGUACAACUUCGGGCCGCUCCAGAUUGGAUUGUUUGGGCUGAUAGGAUUCUUUGUCGUCUUUUGGGGCCCGGCGUUUGGCAGACUUGUGCUCGAUAAAAUGGUUGCACUGGUACCGGCGAUUUUCGGAAUCAUGAUCAAUCUCGUCGGCGUCACCAUCGGCACGUUUACCGGCACAUUCACCAUAGCCGGUCCGAUAGUGCAGGCCAUCUUCAUCGACGUGUCCAACCAGUCUUGCAACACCGCUCUGCGAAUGGCAAUAUUCAACAUAGAUGCAAAGGCGAGAAACAGAGUAAACGUCGCCUACAUGAUAGCUGCGUUCUGUGGACAACUUACCGGUACGGCCGUGGGCAAUCGCCUUUAUGCCCAAGGAGGCUGGAGAUGGAGUGGUAUUUGUAGCAUGGGCUUCCUUGGCUUUGCGAUUUUGGUCUGCUUGGCUAGAGGGCCUCGCGAGACUGGCUGGGUGGGCUGGACAGGUGGUUGGAAUCCCCGGGUCGAGAGACGCGAGAAGGCAUCACCAGCACCAAACCAGCAACAGACGUCACAGGGGCUUUCCGAGAGCCCCGAUACCAAAGUAUAG